AGUGCAACCUUGGUUACCUUUUAAAAUGUUAUAGGGCGCUAAUGUGACAAUAUACGUAUACGCUCUAGUACGCAAUUAUGUUGGUAAUUAAUAUAUCGGAUGUCCUCUACGUCUAACUAAAAACACGUGACGAAAAUUGUGGCGAUCAGGAUAAUCCUUUAAUCCGUUCAUUUAGCGUUUUAGUUAAUUUAAAAUUACAAUGAUCUCACCGCGAACAGUUUUUAGCGCAUUCGAACACUAUGCUUCAAAGCUAUCGUGUGCUUGUUUAUUGAAAAGUCCUAAUGUACUAAAUAAUUAUGAAGUGUAUUUAUAUAUUACUUGUUUUGCUUCACGGGCUAAUCUUAGCUGCAUGUGAAGUUCCAGAAUCAAAUAAAUAUCUAGAAGCCCUACGUCAAAGACCUUGGAAAUCAGUUCAUAAAUAUAUCGAAGUUAGACCUGGGGCAUUUCUAUUUUACUGGCUAUACUAUGCUGAUUCGACGAGGGCAGGCGCAGAUCAAAAACCCUUGAUAAUCUGGAUUCAAGGUGGUCCGGGGAAUGCUGCGAGUGGAAUUGGCAAUUUUUGCGAGCUUGGGCCUUUGAAAACAGAUAUGUCACCACGAAAUUACACAUGGGUGAAUGGUAGAAACAUUUUAUUAAUUGACCAUCCAGUCGGUGCGGGAUUUAGUUACGCCGUCAACACAUCUUUAUAUGUGACAAGCGAUAGAGAAGCAGUAAAAGAUUUGCUGCGGUUUACGAAGGCCUUUUUCAAAAUUCAUAAGGAAUUUCGUAAAACACCGACUUAUGUUGUCGGCCAAAGCUAUGGUGGUAAAUUGACUGCAAGGUUGGGAUAUUUUCUACAUACGGCUAUAGAGAGAAAACGUAUAAAGAUGAACUUCAAGGGAAUUGGGAUUGGCGGAGGUUGGAUAGACACUAGUGAGACUUCUAAGCAGCAACCACGUUUUUUGUUUGAUAUGGGUUUAAUAGACAUCAAAGCCUUUAGGACAGCUACAAAAAUAGCUGAAAAUAUCAGCAGUCUCAUUAAAACAAGGAAUUAUUCGAAGGCGGGACAACUCGACUACGUUAUGUUUGAUACAAUAAUGGACGACGCGUCCUACGGAUAUGAUAUGAUAAAUUUGGAAAAUGUCAAUCAUUAUAGCUACAGAUUACUUUUAAAAAAACUAGAUGAGAAUAUGAAUAUGUUUGUUAAACCGACUCUUAACGUUAAUCAAAGUAUCAAUUGGCAACAUCUGACAUAUGAUGUCUAUUUUAGCUUGCAAAAUAGCUUUGUUGAGCCUGGUACUAAAUUUUUAGAAAUUCUACUAAAUCGAACAAACUUAAAAGUUGUUGUGUAUAAUGGAAAUUUGGAUGCAGUGACGCCAUUGUGUGGUGCAACAAAUUGGGUACAUAAUUUGAAAUGGCACGGUGCAAAACACUUUUUCGAUGCGAAAAGAGUGCCAAUACGAGGUGAAAGAAGCGGCUUCUACAAAACAUACGGAAAAUUGAGUUUUUGGGCAGUGUUCGGUUCCGGGCAUUGGGUCCCCGAAGACAAUCCAACCGCUAUGGAGCAGAUUUUACAAUUUUUAACUCAGAAUGAUUCUUAACAUGUUAAUUAUGGGUGUAAGAAAUAAAAGGAA